UAUCAACUCGCUUCGCUCGUUGAUAAAUCUCACAUCCAACUAGUACUCAUGAUCUAUCCUAUACAUAAGAAUAAGUCUGUUUGUGUAAUAAUGUAGACAGGAAGUUUAAAAAUCUUUAAUGUCAUUAUAUUUACUGAUUGAACACUACAGAUGAUGUAUUCCAGGGCUGUAGCAUCAAUGAUGCUGUUUAUUCUAGUGUUUGAACAAGUUUAUGCAAAAAAGGAUUAUAAAUACUACAAGAUCUCUCAUGGACCUAUGAAACACGAGACAGGAAGAUACAUAUAUCAACCAUCAUUUGGGGACCCCAAGUACUGUAUGUACUGUCCAUUAGAGGCUCUGCUAAAUAGUCGUGCUGGUGUCCAGCAACCAAAGUGUCUAGAGAAAUACCAAGGAAAAAACAUUGCUGAAGAGAUUUUACCCCAGGAGAAUGCAAAUUCAAAGUAUCCAUUGUGUGACAAAGGACAGAUUCCUGGGUGUGGACCACCACCAGAAGUAAACAAGACGAAAAACCAUGAGUGGGUCUGCGAUCCGGGUUACAGUAAUGUUUAUUACUCAGUGUAUUUUAAGUGUGCUCUUGCUUGUAAUUUUACUGACUGUUUGGACUGGCAGUUUUACUGCAAUGAGUCGCUCCAGUGGGAGGUACUGCCAGCAUUGGUGUGGCAAAAGUGUGAAGCCCCUGUAAUCAUUGAACCUGAAAUCAUUGAACCUGAAAGUAUUGUUAAGCUUGUCAUCAUGGUAGCUGUAAUUGUUGGAUCGGUUGUAAUUGCAAUACUUGCAUAUUUUUCCUGCCUAUGUUAUAAAAAAGUUAAAAGAGCCAGAUCUAGGGAAGAUAUGGCGAUGACUGAAAUGAAAGAAAUGAAAGCAGAGAGAGUCGGGUUAAAUGAUGUAAGACUUGAUAUCAAUGAAGUGAAUGAACAGACAGAAGUAAAACAUCUUGUUAGUGAGCCUGUUGAACCAGAAAGUGAUUUGGAAGAUGGCAGUCAGUCAGGUAGUAAAUCUGCUAGUAGAGCUGAAAGCUUAUCUGGUUCUAGAAGAAACUUAGACAGUGAAGAUCGUAAAGACGAUUCAGAUGAUGAAACAAGCAAAUUGAUCCCGCCAGAUCCUUCAGUCAAACCUACUGUAAGCAUCAUACAAUUUGAGGGUGGAGAAAGAAAAAAGAGCAUACCCUGGCAAGGAGACAUAUACUCAAUAGGACGAGGGUCAGAUUUUCAAAUUAUACCGAGCUCUACUGGAGCUUAUGAAGUUACAAAGUUUAUGAUAGAAGGAAAAGAUAAUAGUUGUAUUAGAUGGGAGAAAUAUAUCCACUCGUACACUGUAAAUAAUGCCUCUGAUAGGGAUGCAGGACUUUAUAUGUGGAAAAUGAUGCUAAACAACAAGUAUAAACAUUGUGGAAGCUUUGAAAUAAGCAUAGCUUUGCCAGCAGUCAGACCUCCGCCAAUAGGGAAGGAGGCUAGCAACAAGAAUACCGGUAGUUUGAAUACAGUAAAUCCAGUUUAUAAUCAACCCCAGCAACCAUCGAGUACCUCUCACUUGAAGUUUGACUCUAUCCUCAACAAUCCAAAUGACCAGGAUGUUAUAGAGGAUAAUGAAUUGUUGCCACAAGGAAAUUUAGUAAGAGGAGAAGUUGUUAAAGAAACAAGAGGUGAUGCUGACCCUUUCAGACAUGCAGCUGAUUUAAGCUCAGAAAUGUUCAGAGAUCAGUCGCACCGUAACACAAUAGAUUCUGGUGUACAAUCUUCUAAUGGGCAUCGCAGUAGUAGAUCAAGUAAUAUAGCAUCUGAUAGGGCCGUUAGUCAACGCAACAACUCUAAUGACAAUACUAGAGAUGGUGAUUUAAGGUACAGCACCAGUGGUUAUCAGUCACAGACUAGCGCCAGUUUGGCUAGAGAACAAUUUAGAGCUAUUUUUGAUGAUGCUCCUGAAUUAAGUAUUGGAUCAUUAAAUAAAAAGUCAAGAGAACUAUCAACGGGUCUUGAUAUACAGGCUUUGCAUGAAAGAGGAUAUCUGAAUCCUUCUGAAGAUAGAAAUGAAGAUACUGGAGCCAGGGGAGGUGAAUAUACUAGUACCAGGGCAGGUGAAUAUACACGUGCCAGGGCAAAUCAAGAUACUGGUGCCAUGGCAGAUGAAUAUGCUGGUGCCAGGGCAGGUGAAUAUACACGUGUCAGGGCAGAUGAAGAUACUGGUGCCAUGGCAGAUCAAGAUGCUGGUGCAAGGGCAGGUGAAUAUACUGGUGCCAGGGUAGAUCAAGAUAAUGGUGCCAGAAUAAGACCUGAUCCAGCAGGAAGUGUUUCAACUAUGAACCACAGUGAAGGAAGUGGUUCUAUACAGGAGACCUUUAGAAAACAGUUAUAUGUACCUGAUAGUAAGUAGCUAACAUAAUUAUAUUA